AUGCCGUCGCCGUUCUAUUCCUCUCUACCUCCGCCAAUACCGAUUGAUCGCAUGACGCCACUCGGGGCGCCCAACGCGAACCAGUAUCCUGCCCGAACGAGUCAGCCAUCUAGUCCCUCAUACUCUACAGGCUAUCUCGCUUCCCCAGGUGGUGCGCCCCGAUAUGCGUACGAGGCGCCAUUCUAUGCGCCAUCCCACACACUCGCGCCACCCUCUCCUUCGUACAACAACUUCACUUCAGCUCCAGCAUUGCCGUCUUCAUCGCGCCUGUCUACGCCGUCUGGAUAUGGAUCUGCAGCGCCUACGACUAUUCCUACCGUCCUGAGCUUUCCAACACCUCUCAUGAACACGAGCGCCCGAGAUGCUUCUUUCAGAGUCGAGACAGAUCGCAAAGGCCAUGCCACGCGUGUGGUGCGCGCUGAUGGCUACGAGGUGGCGCACUUUGACUGGGCGACCUCUCUACGCGGACUGAGAGUGCGGAUCAUGGGUGGUAAGGAGUUGAAGGGUCGAGAGUGGGCCCGAUUACACGAGAGCGACGGCACACGUACCAUUCGUCAUCACGGGGAGCUGUACUUCUGCAAACCGCAAUAUGGUGGCUACACGGUGUAUCAAGAAGGAUCUCCCCCCGCAGCAGCGUGGUACGACGAGCGCGGAGAUUACAUUCUCAAUGCCUACUCGGAAACGCUGAGAACGCCCGGCUUACUCGAUAUAUGUGUGGCGGCCAUGGUGCUCCUUCACAGUGGGCACUCGCUCGGUGAUCGCGGGCAAGCGCCACCCUCUCCGUCUCCAACAUCCCAGACGCAGACAUCAAAACUCGGAAAAGGGGAGGGUACGGAAGGUGAACAGAGUAUUGGUGCUGCCGUCAGAGAAUCCUUCUUUGAGAGUCUGGGGGAGAAUGUCGGGCAAGCCAUUGGUGCUGCGAUCGUAGCAGCCGUAUGA